UUGGGGUAGAGGGAGAAAACAAGGAGGUAGAACAUCAUCAGCAAAUUCAAGACGGGUAUCAAUAGCUUCUAACGGUUCAGUAUCAAUUCUCUCAAACUUUGACAGUUUGGGAUCUUCAGCUGUACAAGAAAUUACAAACAUGGAAAGAUCAGGAAGUCUCACCGUUGAGGAAUCUUUGGAAGAAUCUUCUGUAUCCCCAAAUCCAAAGCGAAGAAGAUCUUUGGGAGAAAAUUUGGUUAAGUUUGUUCUUAGACCAAUAACAAGACAGCUUUCUCUAGUGCCAGUUAAUAAUCAGAUUUCUGAAUCUAAAACAAGAGAUCUUCCCAUAGUUUUGGUAACUGUACCUCAUGAGGAGGAUGAAUACUUAAAUAUAGAGAGGGACGGAUGGGAUAAAACAUAUUCAAAUUAUAAGUUCAGUACACGUGAGAGUAUGAAUGCAAGGGAGGAUAAACUAGCAAGAAGAUAUGAGAAAGCAGCAGCCGAAUUAAAAUAUAACCCAAUCAAUCCACGACCUCCAUGUAACCAUGAAAAAAAGACAGUGCUUGAUAGAGUUUUAAAAUCUAGAAGAAAAGCUAAGAUGAAAAUGGAGCGUGCUGCUAUGAGAAAAAAGAAAAAUGAAGCGCUGUCUCAGUCUAAUAGUGGAGUUUGAUGUACGGAAGA